GGCAAACUCCAAGACCAAAAUAUUUGUCUCCACUAGUUUCGAUAAAUGACGUUUGAAAUUUUCAAAGACAAGUUUGUCAAUCGUUAUAAGAAAGUUUAAAGUCUAAUCUAGAUAGAGUCUAAAUCAAACGUGAAGGAAAGUUAAGAAUGAAUGCAGAAGGACGUAGAUUUGACCUGGUUGUUUUUGGUGCAACUGGCUUCACUGGCCAAUAUACAGUAGAUGAAGUAUCCAGAGUGGCAGAAGAAGAGAGGUUAUCAUGGGCUGUUGCAGGAAGGAGUAUGGAAAAGUUGCAAAAAGUCUUAAGUGAAGCAUCUGAGCGAACUGGCAAAACCUUGGAGGAGAUUCCAGUCAUUAUUGCUGAUGUGAGUAGCCCCCAGUCAUUAGCUGAGAUGGCCAAACAAACUAAGGUUGUUCUGAAUUGUGUUGGCCCAUAUCGCUUUUAUGGUGAGCCAGUUGUGCAGGCCUGCAUUGAGAAUGGAACACAUCAUCUUGACAUAAGUGGAGAGCCACAGUUUUUAGAAAAGAUGCAGCUGUUAUACAACAAAAAAGCUGCUGAAAAUAAUGUUUUUGUCAUUGGAUCAGUUGGCUUUGAUAGCAUUCCAGCAGAAAUUGGACUUGAAUACACCAGACAGCAGUUUAAAGAAGGUGAACUUAGUAACGUUGAGAGUUUCAUAGAAACUAAAGUGGGACCUGAGGGAGCAGUCAUUAACACUGGAACAUUCGAAUCAGCUGUUUAUGGUGUUGCAUACAGAAAUGAAUUGGGCUCCUUAAGAAAAGCUUUGUAUCCUGACCCAAUGCCCAAAUUGGACUAUAGACUUCCCAAACGCUCCUUCCUGUUCUUCAAUGAUGACCUGAAGAAAUGGUGCUUACCUUUUCUUGGCAGUGAUAAAUCUGUUGUCUACAGAACUAUCAGAGAUGGGCUGAACAGUCAGAGACUUAAGAAACCUAUUGAAUUUAUUCCGUACACUUGUUGUUCAAGUCUUUUCUCAGCAAUGGGAAUCAUCUUGUUUGGACUGGUUUUCUUCUUCCUGUCAAGUUUUUCAUGGGGGCGAUCUUUUUUGUUGAAGUAUCCUCACAUUGUAUCUUUGGGAUUUUUCAAGAAAGGUGGCCCAACCAGAAAACAGAUUGAGAGCACAUCUUUUUCCAUGACAUUUGUUGGGUAUGGCUACACUGAAGAUGUUACUGACAGAACUGGUCAAAAGCCAAACAAAACAAUUGUUACCAAGCUAAUGGGACCAGAACCAGGUUAUGUGACAACUCCUAUCUGUAUGGUUCAGUCUGCUGUCACUUUGUUGAAGGAAAGUUCUAAUAUGUUCCAUAAAGGAGGAGUCCUGACCCCUGGAGCAGCUUUCUCUGGCACUAACUUAAUGGAGCGACUUCAGAAACAUAACAUAACAUUGAUGACUAUCUCCCCUGACAACAGUCAGGACAAAAAGGCAGAUUAGUUAUUUUGAAGGACAGACCUUUUCUUUUUAAUUAUUUAAUUAAAAGCAUUGCUUUUUAUUUUGUGCAAUAAGUUCUCCUAUACUGCAAUUGACUUAUGAUUCAAAACAGUCAGUGAAGUAGAAAUUGGAGUCUUUUAAACAUCUUCUACUUUAGUGAAUUGGUAUAGAUAAUUACUUAAAUCAAUUUCUGUUAUGUUUUUCAUUUUAACUAAUAUUUACAAAAGUUGAUUUGAUAUUUGAUUAUUCCCAUUUUGUUUGUUAAAAGCUGCUAAGUUGUUGCAAGUAAUAACUCUAAUUCCAAUGGAUACAUUUAUCUGUUGCCUAGCCUACUUUAUAUUGAUUAAAGUUUUUUUUAUUGCUUUGUCUUUAUGUGUCAUAUAUCAAAGCCUGUAAGACUUCACUGAUAUUUUCAUUAUUCCAUGAAGAAUUUCUGGUUUACUAUGAGGAUUCCCCCUAUCCAAAAAAAAAAAAAAAGUAUUCCAUUGAAGUUUAUGAUACAAUAUUGACUCAGCCACAAACAUAAAGCAGUGUUCCAGAAAAGUAGUUUACUUGAAAGCUUACUCUACAUUAGUAUCAAUCUUAAUAUUGAUAUUUAACACUAAUGUUUUCAACAAUUACUUUUUGUUUUGUUUGUUGACUUUUCAUCUUUAUGGUGAUCCUAUUUAUGCCAUGGUGCUUUUGAUGUUUGAAUACUAUUGCCAUUUCUCUUACAUUGAUAAAUCUUAUUAAUGAUGCCAAUGGUGAUUGUCUUUCUAUUGUUUAUUGCAAUGUUGAUCUUGUUCUUAUCUUUGCAUUAUUAAUAAAAGCUUCAACAGUU